AUGACUCUCAUCCUGUCCUGGCUGUUCAUUUUGGUGCUGAUUGUGCCGGAUUUGUCGUCCAGUUUGCUGCACUGUCCAUCGCGAUGCCACUGCGAUGACGAUAAACUGGACGUGAACUGCGAGGAAGGUCACCUGGAUGUGGUUCCGAUUGCGUUGAAUCCUUCGAUCCAACGGCUGGUGAUUCGGAACAACAAGAUUCGUAUAAUAGACUCUUCGGUGCAGUUCUAUUCGGAGCUGACGCUGCUGGAUUUGAGUUUUAACUAUCUUUUCAACAUUCCCGAUCGGACCUUUGCCCGGCAAAAUAAACUACAGCAGUUGCAUCUGAAUCACAACAAAAUCAGUGCCGUGUCGAAUAGAACCUUUGUCGGGUUGAACGAGCUGCUGGUGCUUAAUUUGCGAGGAAAUCUGAUCGAUCAGAUUGAACCGAUGACUUUUACGCCGUUGACUAAACUGGAGGAACUGAAUCUUGGCCAGAAUCGAAUUACGACCGUUGGUUUGUCGAUAAUUGGAUUCUUCGGAUUGGCAGAUUUGAAGAUCUUGUAUUUGGACGACAAUCGAUUGGAGGUAGUGCCUUCCGAAGAAACUUUUCGACCGGUGGACAAAUUGGCUGAACUUUACAUUGGAACUAAUUCGUUGAACGAGAUUAAAAAUGGCGCCUUUGCUGUCUUACCCGAAUUGACGCUGCUGGACUUACGGAGUGCAUUGCUGAGUAAUGUUAGCGUCGAGACAUUUGCCGGAAUUGAAAAUAUCAAGAGUCUUAACUUGGCAGAUAAUAGAUUUCAGAGAAUUCCCUCUAAGGCGUUGGGGAUUUUGAGACGAUUAGAAGACUUAUCAAUUGGACAAAAUUACUUUGAAACAGUGCCGGCAAACUCGUUCCGAGGAUUAUCAAACCUGAAACGGUUCGAACUGAGAGGUUCGCUAUAUUUGAAGAAAAUCGAAAGGGCAGCAUUCCAAACAAAUACCAAUUUGGAAAGCAUUGCCAUCGACUCGAACAAGGCACUAACCGAGCUGGAAGAGGAAACAUUCUCCGGGCUGCUAUACCUGAAGCACCUGAGCUUGCGGAACAAUGGCUUCGAACGGUUGGACGAGAACAUGUUUUCCUGGAACAGUCUGCGAACGUUGGAUAUUUCGGAUAAUCCGAUAAAUUGCGAUUGCUAUUAUUCGAAGCUGCUGCACCGGUUGCAAACGGCCAGCAGGAUCAGCUACAAUGCAACCGGUUGCCCACACCACCUGCCGGACCAGUGGGAGUGCGAGUACAUUUUGGACAAGAACAAAAAUCUCAUCUCGGUGCUAGUGCUGGCGGUGGCCAUCGUGACAGCCAUGGCACUCACCUUCUAUCGCUUCCGAGGGUUGCUGCGGGAGUACGUCCACAACGGGUGCAAAAAUAAGUCUCACGGCGGCGCUGCUGGCGGCAGUGGCGUCCGGCCGGUUGCCCUCACCGGUGGCGAUAUCAACAGUGUGGAUUACGAGAAGGCCAUCACCGAGGAAGAUUACGUGAUCCGGCAGAGCAAUUUGUACAGCAAUCAGGUGCAGCCGAUUCUGAACGGCUACCCGGCCUACAUGCAGCAGGCUAAUGUCUACUACAAUAAGCCGCUCCCGAUUACCGAGUUAUAG